AUGGGCGGGUGUAUAUCGACUCAUAACGAAGAUUACCAGACUAACAAGAGGAUAGAAAGAGAUUUGAGGAGGGAUGAGAAACAACAGAAAACAGAAGUAAAGUUAUUAUUGUUAGGUGCAGGAGAGUCUGGAAAGAGUACAAUUCUCAAACAGAUGCGUCUAAUUCAUACAUCCGGAUUUAACGAGUCAGAGAAGGAAAACUACAAAUCGAUAGUUUUAUUAAACAUAAUGCAAUCUAUGCGAUUGGUGCUCGAAGCAAUGGAGUACUUUCGUAUUCCACUUGGAGAUAGUUCAAAUAUGCAAUAUCUAUCAUUAUUUACCGAUAUUCCGACCCUACCAAAGGGGCAGCCGUUUCCUACGCACUAUCUACAACCCCUGAAGAGCCUAUGGAAUGAUAAGGGCGUACAGGAAUGUUAUGAGAAGGGUAACCAGUAUGCUUUACAUGACAACAUGAGUUAUUUCUACGGAAACUUGGAUAGAGUUUUUGCUUCUGAAUAUAUACCAACAAACCAAGAUAUUCUUCGAUGUAGACUGAAAACAGUCGGCAUAGUGGAAACUAGUUUCCAUCUUGGACCGCUUACCUAUAGGAUGUUUGAUGUUGGAGGGCAGCGAUCUGAGCGAAAGAAGUGGAUUCACUGCUUUGAAGAUGUCACAGCAGUACUUUUUCUUGUAGCUAUCUCUGGAUAUGAUCAGUGCUUGGUAGAGGAUAAAGAUGCUAAUCAGAUGCAGGAAGCAUUGCUUCUAUUUGAUAGUAUUUGUAACUCUCAAUGGUUCGUCAACACGAGUAUGAUAUUGUUUUUGAACAAAAUUGAUAUAUUCAAGGAGAAGAUCAAAUAUUCCAGGGUCAGGAAAUAUUUCCCAGACUAUCAAGGUUCAUCUGAUGAUUUCAAGCAGGCCUCACACUACUUUAAGCGAAGAUUCCAGCGAUUGAAUAGAAGUACCCAGAAAGAAAUAUAUCCGCACUUUACUAAUGCUACUGAUACCGACCUUCUAAGGCAUAUAAUGGGGAGUGUGACAGAUAUCAUAUUGACGCAGAAUCUGCGAGACUUGGUCUUGUGA